AUGGGCCAUGAUAUCAUAGUUCAGAAGUUAAUUAAUUUCAUAUCACCGCCGAAAGUUUGUCCUUAUCGUCAAAGUUCAUCUUCAUCUUUAGAGAAAAGUACAAAUAGGACUGUUGAAUUCUAUCCAAUAGUAUUCGGAUUCAUUGAUCAAUAUUUAUUUGAAAGUAUACCGCGUCAAGUAUUAAUUAACCAACAAUUAAAAAUAGUAGAUCAAAUUUGUUUACCUAAAAAAUCUAAAGAUUUCAGUGAACUAAUACCAGGAAAACUGGAAACAUACAAAUUUAGUUUUGAAAGUGAAUUAGAUUAUCGUCGAUUAUAUAGUACAGCAUACUUUGCAAUUACUAUGAAAAAAAGUGGAUGGGAUUGUAAUCGACAUUAUGAAAUAAUAUCAUCAGGUACGAUGCCUUUUUUUGAUAAAUUAAAUACAGCAGGAAAUUA